UCCCGCUGUGAAGCCCAUCCCUCCCACUGGUGUAGAUGCCCCGGCUAGGGCAGUGCACCCAGACUUACUUACAGCCCGGAGCCAUGGAUUUUUAAGAAUCAUGAAUCGCCCGGCACAAUAUGUGGUUAUCAUCACACUUCUGAUCUCUUGGUCAAUAGCAGGUGUUGUCAUGUUUGACUUUGUCAGUGACGAUCAGAUUGCAAGCAUCCAAGAUUUCGGCUCUGAUCCAGUGCUAGCAGUGAACAAAGCCAUUGAAGUCAUUGAAAACAGGAUAAACCAUAUGAAUGAUAUGUUUAAUGAUGCUCAAGAGCACGUCACUGAAAUAAUAUUUAAUCCGGUGGAAGCUAUUAGUUCAGCUGCUGACUCAUCUGUGUCUUAUCUGUCAGGAAUAUUUAGUGCUGAUGGAGAUUCAGGAAUCACUGAAACAGUGAAAUAUGGGGGCACUGUAUUGGAUGAGGCUACAGAAUGGAUCAAAUCCCCAGUGAGCUACGUAUUCCACUUAUUUGAAGACAUUCUGGAUAUAGUGGUUGCUCCAGUGGAUAUGGUCAGUGAAGCUCUUGUGCAAAUUUUAAGUGGGAUCAAGACUGUUAUACAGUGUAUUUCCACCAUGUUUAGGGGCAUUGAAGGGGACACAGGCAUCACUGAAACAGCGAAACUUGGUGGCACUGUAUUGGAUGAGGUUACUGACUGGAUUAGAUUCCCAGUGGCUUACUUAUUCCACUUAUUUGAAGAUAUCCUGGAUGUAGCAAUCAUUUAUCCAGCAGACACUGCCAGUGAAGCAGCUCUGCAAAUUUUAAGUGGGAUCAAGACCAUUUCUUCAGCCAUAUUCGGGAACCUUGAAGCUUGGUUUCCCAAAAUGAGCACUGAUCCUGCGGAGCUGGCUGAAAUAGUUGUAGAGGAGGCCACAGAAGUAAAGACCACUGUUUCUAAUUACCUAUCCAGUCUGUUUGCAGCGGAUGAAGGUGGUAUUCCUGACCUUAGCUUUGAUCCCAUGAAAGUUGUCACAGACACUGUUGAAGAGUUUGCUGACAGGAGGGAUAUGUUCUUGGCUUAUCUCUCAAACAUGCUCAUGGAAGACAAAGAUGACACACCACAAGUGAUAAGACGAAAAGGAGAAUUUCUGCCCCCUAUGGAAAAAGUUGCAGAAAUACUAGGCAAAACACAGGACCCUGCCUAUGCUGCCUACAUUGCUGUGAGAUCCACAGACAGUACUAAACAGGAAAUAAAAGAGGUUGAGGAGGAACGCGGUGAGGUAGAAGCUGCUGAAGAUACAACUGAAAAAGCUCAAGAUAUUGUGGACGUUACAACGGAGGAAGGGAGGGUUGAAACGGCUUGGGACAGCUCUGAUGUCACAGUUGAAGACGAUGAGGCUGCCUCCGAUGUCAUGGAGGAGGAUAAAACUGCUGGAACAGUUGAAGAUAUUGCAGAUGUUACAGAGGAGGAACCUUCUGUUAUGCAAGAAGACAUAGAUGAGAAAAUAGAACCUGAAAAGUUUGAAGAUAUCUCAGAUUUUGCAGAGGAUAAAUCAACUGAAACGACAUCUGAUGCUACAGAUGUGAAAGAUGUUGACGCUGCCUCAGAUGUUGUUAAAGAGGAGGAAGAAGUUGCUGAAAGAGUUGAAGACGCAGAUGUAACAGAGGAGAAACCAUCAGAUAUACCAGAAGUCACAGAUGAGGAAACAGUGACUGAAAAGGCUGAAGAUAUCUCAGAUUUCGCAGAGGACAAAUCAACUGAAAUUACUGAAUCUGAUGCUACAGAUAUGAAAAACAUUGACGAUACCUCAGAUGUCGUUACAGAGGAAGAAGAAGUUACUGAAACAGUUGAAGAUGUAGAUUUUACAGUGGAGGAAACAUCUGAUAUUCCAGAAGUAAUAGAUGAGGAAAUAGCAACAGAAAAGUUUGAAGAUAUCUCAGAUUUUAAAGAGGACGAAUCAGCUGAAAAGACCUCUGAUGUGACAGAAGACAUUGAUGCUGUUACAGAGGAGGCAGUAGUUACUGAAACCGCUGAAGAUAUUCCAGAUGUUACAGAGGAGGAAACAUAUGACAUUCCAGAAGUCAUAGAUGAGGAAUUAGCAACUGAAAAGGCUGAUGAUACAUUUGACUCCAUAGAGGACGAGUCAACUAUGAUAACCUCUGAUGUGACAGAAGACACUGAUUAUACCUCAGAUGUUGUUACAGAGGGAGAAGUUACUAAAUCAGUUGAAGAUAUUGCAGAUGUUACAGAGGAACCAUCUGAUAUGCCAGAAGUCAUCGACAUUGAUGAUACCUCAGAUCAAGAUACCGCUGCAGUUAUAGAGGAGAAAGAAUCAACUGAAACAAUUGAAGAAGCAGCAAUUGAAACAGCAGAAGGUACUUCCUAUGUUACAACCAAAACUGAAUUAGACAAUACAGAUGAAAAUGAAUUUCAGAAAUAUCCCAAUGUUACAGAGGAGGAGGAAGAACCUGAAAAAGUUAAAGAUACUUCUGAUUUCAUAGGUGAGGAAGAAGAACCUGAGACAGAUGAAGAUGCCAGCACUGAAGAAACAGCCGAAGAUUCAGUAGAAAAAGAACAGCUACCUGAAUUGGCUGAAGCUACUCCAGAUACCAUCUGUGUAAAGGAAAAGACUGAAGCAACAGAACUUGAUGAUCUUGAAGUCCGGGGUAAAGAUGACAUGAAAGUGGAAGGCAAGGAGGAGAAGGAAGAUGUGGCAAUUGCUGAUGCUGAAAAGGGCACAAAGAAGAAAAUUCUUGAACAAGUGAAAGAAGCCAAACAGAAAAAAGCUAGAGAGGAGAUAUACAAAAUCAUUCAAGAUAUGCGGGAGAAGAAGGCUGAUGGUGAAGAGGAAGAGAUAACACUACAACAAAUAAACAUAACAGUAGAAAAAGUCAAGAAAAAAAAAGAACAUGAGAAAAAGGAGAUAGAAAAGGCUAAAAGCAAAGAUAAAUCCAAAGAGGACAAGACUCGAGAACCAACAAAAAAGGACACCAAGAAAAAACCUGACAAAAAGGUCAAGGUGACUAAAGUGGUUGAGGAACCUCCUCUAAAAAAGAAGAAAUCUGGACCUGAGAAAAAGGUUAAACAAGCAAAGAAAGAUGUUGAGGUGGCCAAGGACAAAAUCAAAGCAGUACCUGUAAAGAAAGAAGCUGAAGUGGCCAAAAAAGAGACCAAACCAGCACCAUCUAAGAAAGAGCCCAAAGUUACAAAAGAAAAGGCCAAACCAGCUCGUUCAAAGAAAGAAAAAGCUGAUGUUAUCAAAGAAAAGGCAAAACCAGCUCCAAAAGAAAAGGUUGCUGAGGUUGUCAAGAAAAAAGCUAAGCCAGUAAAGAAAGAACCUGAAGUUAUUAAAGAAAAGGUCCAGCCUGCACCUUCAAAGAAAGCUGAAGCUCCCAAGGAAAAAGCUAAACCUGUGAAGAAAUCUGAAGCCAAGGAUAAACCACCAGCACCUGUUAAAAAAGAAGCUGAAGUUGCUGUCGAAAAAGCAAAACUUGCUCCUGUAAAGAAGGAGCCUGAGGUUCCCAAAGAGAAGGCCAAACCGGAGCCCUCAAAGAAAGCAGCUGAAGAGAAAGAAAAAUCUGUCCCUGUGAAGAAAGCCAAAGCCCCCAAAGAGAAAGAGAAAGCUGCUCCAGUAAAGAAAGAGGCUAAAGCUCCCAAGGACAAAAUUAAACCGGCCCUUUUGAAGAAAGAGCCUGAUGUUUCUAAGGAGAAAGAAAAACCACCAACUGCCAAGAAAGAAGGGAAGCCAACAACUGCUCUUGUUAAAAAAGAGCCUGCAGUUGCAGAAGAGAAAGUCAAACCAGUACCUUUGAAGAAAGAUACUGAAGCUACUAAGGAGAAAGUGAAACCAGCCCCAGUUAAGAAAGAGCCUGAGGUUUCCAAAGAAAAAGCCAAGCCAGAACCUUCAAAGAAAGAACCUGAAAUUAUUAAAGAAAAGGAGAAACCUCCAAAGAAAGAAGCUGUAAAAGAAAAGCCCAAACCUGCUUCUGUAAAGAAAGAACCUGAAGUUCCAAAAGCAAAAGCAAAACCUGAACCUACCAAAAAAGAGGCAGAAGUUGCCAAGGACAAACUAAAACCUGUAGCUGUGAAGAAAGAACCUGCUGUUGCAGUUGAAAAGGCAAAACCUAAACCUGCACCAAAGAAAGAACCUGAAGUUACCAAAGAGAAAGCCAAACCAGAACCUGCAAAGAAAGCAGAACCUGAGAUAACCAAAGAGAAACCCAGGGCACCAAAGAAAGAGGCUAAAGUUGUCAAGGAGGAAGCUAAACCAGCUCCUGUAAAGAAAGAGGCUGAAGUCAUCAAAGAUGUUAAACCAGCCCAUGAGAAGAGAGAGGUCAUCGAGGAGAAAGUUAAACCAGCUCCUGUAAAGAAAGAGCCUGAAUUUGCUAAAGAAAAGACACCUGAACCAAAACCCAAAAUAGAGCCUGAAGUUGUCAAAGAGAAACCAGCACCUCCAAAGAAAGCUGAGGUUCCAAAGGAAAAGGCAAAGCCAGUCCCAGAAAAGAAAGCACCUGAAAUAAUCAAAGAAAAACCAAAGCCAGCUCCAAAGAAAGAAGCUGAAGUCAUCAAAGAGAAAGUAAAACCAGCCCCUGAGAAGAAAGAGGCUGAAGUCAUUAAGGAGAAAGUAGCUCCUGUAAAGAAAGUUGAGGUUCCAAAGGAAAAGGAAAAACCAGUUUCUGAAAAGAAAGAACCUGAAAUAACCAAAGAAAAACCCAAACCGGUGCCAAAGAAGGAGGCUGAAGUCAUCAAAGAGAAAGUUAAACCAGCUCCUGAGAAGAAAGAGCCUGAAGGCAUUAAAGAAAAAGUUAAACCAGCUCUUGAGAAAAAAGAGGCUGAAGUCAAGGAGAAAGCAAAACCAGCUCCUGUAAAGAAAGAAACUGAAGUUAUCAAAGAAAAAGCCAAAUCAGCCCCUGAGAAGAAAGAGGCUGAAGUCAUCAAGGAGAAAGCUAAACCAGCCCCUAAGAAGAAAGAGGCUGAAGUCAUCAAGGAGAAAGUUCAGCCAGCUCCUGUAAAGAAAGAGGCUGAAGUCAAGGAGAAAGCAAAACCAGCUCCUGUAAAGAAAGAAACUGAAGUUAUCAAAGAAAAAGCCAAAUCAGCCCCUGAGAAGAAAGAGGCUGAAGUCAUCAAGGAGAAAGCUAAACCAGCCCCUAAGAAGAAAGUUCCUCUAAAGAAAGGUGUUUCUGCUUUAAAGGCUAUUUUCAUCAAAGAGAAAGCUAAGCCAGCCCCUGAGAAGAAAGAGGCUGUAGUCGUUAAGGAGAAAUCUAAACCAGCCCCUGAGAAGAAAGAGGCUGAAGUCAUCAAGGAGAAAGUUCAGCCAGCUCCUGUAAAGAAAGAGCCUGAAGUUACUAAAGAGAAAGCUAAACGGACCCCUGGGAAGAAAGAGGCUGAAGUCAUCAAGGAGAAAAUUAAACCAGCCUCUGUAAAGAAAGAACUUGGGAUAAUUAAAGAAAAACCCAAGCCAGCACCAAAGAAAGAGGCUGAAGUCAUCAAAGAGAAAGCUAAACCAGCCCCUGAAAAGAAAGAGGCUGAAGUCAAGGAGAAAGCUAAACCAGCUCCUUUAAAGAAAGAGCCUGAAGUUGCUAAAGAAAAGGCUCCUGAACCAAAACCCAAAAAAGAACCUGAAGCUGUUAAAGAGAAAGCUAAACCAGUCCCUAAGUUGAAAGAAGCUGAUGUCAUCAAGGAAAAAUCUAAACCAGCCCCUGAGAAGAAAGAGGCUGACGUCAUCAAGGAGAAAGCUAAACCAGCUCCUGUAAAGAAAGAGCCUGAUGCUGUUAAAGAAAAGGCUCCAGAACCAAAACCCAAAAUUGAGGCUGAAGUCAUCAAAGAGAAAGCUAAACCUGUCCCUAAGAAGAAAGAGGCAGAAAUUAUCGAGGAGAAACUUAAACCAGCUCCUAUAAAGAAAGAGAAAGAGGUUCCUAAAGAAAGGGCACUUGAACCAACACCAGAACCUGCAAAGAGAGUUGAAGCUCCAAAGGAAAGGGCGAAACUAGUCCCUAAAGUAAAAGCACCUGAGAUAACUAAAGAAGAACCAAAACCAGCACCAAAGAAAGAGCCUGAAGUCAAGGAAAAGGCUAAACCAGCCCCUGAGAAGAAAGAGGCUGAAGUCAUCAAGGAGAAAGUUAAACCAGCUCCUGUAAAGAAAGAGCCUGAAGUUCCUAAAGAGAAAGCUCCUGAACCAAAACUCAAAAGAGUACCUGAAGUCAUCAAAGAGAAAGUAAAACCAGCCCCUGAAAAGAAAGAGGCUGAAGUCAAGGAGAAAGCUAAACCAGCCCCUGAGAAGAAAGAGGCUGAAGUCAUCAAGGAGAAAGUUAAACCAGCUCCUGUAAAGAAAGAGCCUGAAGUUCCUAAAGAAAAGGCUCCUGAACCAAAACCCAAAAAAGAAGCAGAAGUUAUCAAAGAGAAAGUAAAACCAGCCCCUGAGAAGAAAGAGGCUGAAGUCAUCAAGGAAAAAGUUAAACCAGCUCCUGUAAAGAAAGAGCCUGACGUUCCUAAAGAGAAGGGACCUGAACCAAAACCCAAAAGAGAAGUCAUCAAGGAGAAACCUAAACCAGCACCUGAAAAGAAAGAGACUGAAGUCAUCAAGGAGAAAGUUAAACCAGCUCCUGUAAAGAAAGAAGUCAUCAAGGAGAAACCUAAACCAGUGCCUGAAAAGAAACAGGCUGAUGUCAUCAAGGAUAAAGUUAAACCAGCUCCUGUUAAGAAAGAAGUCAUCAAGGAGAAACCUAAACCAGCGCCUGAAAAGAAAGAGGCUGAUGUCAUCCAGGAGGAAGUUAAACCAGCUCCUGUUAAGAAAGAAGUCAUCAAGGAGAAACCUAAACCAGCACCUGAAAAGAAAGAGACUGAAGUCAUCAAGGAGAAAGUUAAACCAGCUCCUGUAAAGAAAGAAGUCAUCAAGGAGAAACCUAAACCAGUGCCUGAAAAGAAAGAGGCUGAUGUCAUCAAGGAGAAACUUAAACCAGCUCCUGUUAAGAAAGAAGUCAUCAAGGAGAAACCUAAACCAGCGCCUGAAAAGAAAGAGGCUGAUGUCAUCAAGGAGAAACUUAAACCAGCUCCUGUUAAGAAAGAAGUCAUCAAGGAGAAACCUAAACCAGCACCUGAAAAGAAAGAGACUGAAGUCAUCAAGGAGAACGUUAAACCAGCUCCUGUAAAGAAAGAAGUCAACAAGGAGAAACCUAAACCAGUGCCUGUAAAGAAAGAGGCCGAAGUCAUCAAGGAGAAAGUUAAACCAGCUCCUGUUAAGAAAGAAGUCAUCAAGGAGAAACCUAAACCAGUGCCUGAAAAGAAAGAGGCCGAAGUCAUCCAGGAGAAAGUUAAACCAGCUCCUGUUAAGAAAGAAGUCAUCAAGGAGAGACCUAUACCAGUGCCUGAAAAGAAAGAAGCUGACGUCAUCAAGGAGAAAGUUAAACCAGCUCCUGUAAAGAAAGGGCCUGAAGUUGCUAAAGAAAAGGUACCUGAACCGGCACCAAGAAUAGCACCUGAGAUAACCAAAGAAAAGCCAAAGCCAGCACCAAAGAAAGAGGCCGAAGUCAUCAAAGAGAAAGCUAAACCAUCUCCUGAGAAGAAAGAAGCUGAAGUCAUCAAAAAGAAAGUUAAACCAACUCCUGUAAAGAAAGAGCCCGAAGUUGCUAAAGAAAAGGCAUCUGAAAUGGCACCAAAAAUAGCACCUGAGAUAGUCAAAGAAAAGCCAAAGCCAGCACCAAAGAAAGAGGCUGAAGUCAUCAAAGAGAAACCUAAACCAGCUCCUGAGAAGAAAGAGGGUGAAGUCAUCAAGGAGAAAGUUAAGCCAGCUCCUGUAAAGAAAGAGCCUGAAGUUCAUAAAGAAAAGGCACCUGAACCAGUGUCAGAACCUACAAAGAAAGUUGAGGUUCCAAAGAAAAAGGCAAAACCAGUUCUUAAAGAAAAGGAACCCAAAAUAACCAAAGAAAAGCCAAAGCCAGCACCAAAGAAAGAAGCUGUAGCCAUCAAAGAAGAAGCUAAAGCAGCCCCCGUGAAGGAAGAGGCUGAAAUUGUCAAAGAGAAAGCUAAAGCAACCUCUGUGAAGAAAGAGGCUGAAGUCAUCAAGGAGAAAGCUAAACCAGCUCCUGAGAAGAAAGUGUCUGAAGUCUUCAAGGAGAAAGUUAAGCAAGCACCUCUGAAGAAAGAGCCUGAAGUCUCAAAAGAAAAGUUAUUAGAGCCAAAACCUAAAAAAGAUGAUGUUGGUCUUAUUGGUUUGGACUUGGAACUCCUGAACUCUAUCAACCAAAAACUGUCUCUUCUGGACUUACUGAGGAAGGACAUUGGUGAAAUGAAGAGUGAUCUGGAGUCCACUCAAAAUCAAAUCACACUUUUACGGAUGGACAACAGAACAAUCAAAGAGCCAGAGAUUGUCGGUGUAAAGGUAAAAGCAGCGGUCUCCAAGGAAAAGCUGAAAACAGCAAAAAAAGGCCUUGAUGCUCUGAUGAACGUUACUAAGACAGCACAUAUUAAAACAGAACGUGAUGCACUAAAAAACAUCACUAAACCAGCACCUGCAAAGAAAGAUAAAGAGGCUCCAAAAGCUAAGAUCAGACCAGAGCCCAAAAAGAAAGAAAUCACCCGUGAGAAGGUCAAAGAAGAAAAGGAACCUUUAAAGAAAGAACCUGAGCAGGUUUUUUUAGUCGAGCCAACUGAGAAAGAACCUGUUGUGGAAAAGGAAGUAAAAAGAGAAGAACCUGAUGUCACCAAAGAUAUUCCAGAGAUAGAGGAGGAGGACGUUCCCUACUUCCAGUGUUUCUUUGUGGAUGAGGAUGAUACUCAGUAUCCGUUCUUCCCCUUUUCACCACCGCUGUGGUGAGUCCAGACAAACCUCGCAGUCUGAUGUUAAACAACAUGGCAGAGCCAGUGAAGACGGACCUGUGAACGCUGAGGAACCUGCUGCUCUGAUGCAGUGGAGAACUUCACAGUAGGUCCUACAGAAUUACACCAGCAACGACUUCCUGGAUUUUAAAACUGGAAAACGUCCUUCUCAAAUAAUUUGUCAUUUUGAAGGACAGAGGUUGCAAAUGUUGCACUAUUUAUUAUAUAAUCUUAAGGCUAUCCCUCUUUUUAUUAAUACCAUGGAUUUGCCUUUUGUUUCAGAAUGAUUAAUAUCUAUUUAUGUCCAAGAAGGAAUGUGAGUAUAGUUUGUCCAGACAGCGCUGACUUGAAGUAAUGAAAGAACUAACUUCCUGUCUGAACACUGCAGUGGGUUCAGGAUCUUAAUAUUUUAUACAUACAAGGCACAUAACCUCAUUUUGAUGGGGUGCUAAUUCAAAGCAUUCCACUGUGUUUUCUGUCAGAAUGGGGUUUGAAAGUUGUUCACUGUUCGCACAACUCGAAGGGAGGAUAUAAUUAAUCAAGAAAUAAGUAAACAACGAUUUCAUGUAUCUUUUCGUAGUAAAACUGUUUACUAAACCGUUUACAGAAGUAACAACUGCACUGAGAAAUAAGAGCUUUCCACCGUAAGCUCAGUUCCUCUGAAUGUGUACAUCAUUUUAUUUAUAUUUUUAUUUUACUUUUUAUUUUUGUUUUAUUUCUCUCCUUUUUUUUAGCUUUCCAUACAUUUUAUUUAAUUUAACUUGUCAAACUUUUUAUAAAUCACAGAGGAAACAAAUAUGUUUUAUUUAGUGCUCUUUAUAAAUGAACACACUGGAUUUUGCAUAACAAAAUGAAACUAAAAUGUGGUGCUAAAUCCAAGAAAAUGCAUUAAACAUCAAUGCAACUGCAUAGUUUUAAUAUAUUACAUUGCAAACCCUACUGGUUUUACAUUUCUCCGCAUAACAAUAGUUUAUGUACGAUAAUGUCUGUAAAAAUGUGGAUGUGUUUUUGCAAUAUUACAUGGAUAGUCCUACCUAACAUAGAGCAGCCAAUUAAAUGGCAUUCUGAAUUGUCUAUUGCACAUUAUACUCAUACAGAAGAUAAAAUUAUGUGCCAGAUGAAAUGUAUUGCAUGCAACCACAGUGUUUCUCAGCAUUGCCCCUGGUGGCUCGCUGGCUCAUUACUUCAUUACUUGAUUUAAUGAUGUUAGUGAGUGUUUAAUGGUGUGUACUAGUGAGACACACCAUUAAACUAGUGUGCCGGUGGGCCGCCCCAGAGACAUUUCUUUUACUGCCCGCUGUCUUUUCUGCAGGAGUUCAGCAUGUGGCUCCAUUGAGGAUAAACUCAUGUCUGUACAAAGAGCUUUUUUUCUCUGAUGUACAGUAACUUAGGGUGACUGUAGAUUCUAUUUUCCCCAGACAUGUCCUGGCCAGGAUUUCUAAAUGGCUUAAAAUGUCUGAGUUUUGGCUUUGUUUUUGUACUUGCUGAAGGUAAUGACUGAAAAGUAGUUUGUGCAGGCAUUGUGCUUAAUUGACCAAUUGUGGCGUGCAAGAAGGUGGGAUGCAGAGAACGGUCAAAGCAAUGCAAAUACAUAUAAUGUAUGAGGACUGUAAAUAGCAAGUCAGUAAGAAAACAAAGCCAAAAUCUGGACAUUUUAGGCAAAUUAUCAAUCCUGGCAAGGACAUGUCUGGGAAAAAGAAGAGGUAUAGUCACCUGUACAAAUGCAUAUAGCAAUGUUCACGUGUAACAGAAAUAGGUCUCUUUUGAACUUUUUAAAAAGAUAGUUACUUUAACCAUGGUAGAUUAUAAACGUGUUGGUGUGUUUACAUGCAAACUGUGCAGCAAUGAAUAACAGCAUUUUUCAAUAGUUCAUAUAGUUCUUUAAAAUUUGCGUGGUGUUAUUUUUAAAUCUAAUUUACAGUUCAUAUUUGAAAAAUGUGUUCCUCAAAGAUAACAGUUUUGCAUGAUGGUUGCAUGAAUUUUGUUUAAAAAUGUAUCUAAACCAGACCCUGUUUAAUUCGUGUUUUGUAACACACUAAAAAUGUAUAAUGUAAUAUUG